GGAAACGGCGAUGGCCUUCCCCUCCUCUCCGGCGAGCGUUAUGAACGCCGCCGCAACUAACCCUUCUUCUACCUCGAUCUCCGUCUCUAAUCCCAACCUCAUUCUUUCUAAUUCGUCCCUCAAUUCUCUGUAUUUGAUUCACAACAAAACCCUAAGAAGCCUAAGAAAGCGAUUACAAGAUGAUGAUGGACGCUACUGCUCAAUUCAUGGGGGAAACAAUCAGAAGACCACAAUCUACCGUAUAGCAUCAACAAUGGCGCAAAAGAAGAUGAAUGAUGGAAAUAGCGAUUCGAAGACUUACCUGAAUGUGAGCCGAAGAUGGUUGUUGAGGAAAACCAGAGGUGAGUUAGAGAUGAGGCGAAGAUGAUGAUGCUGUUUGAAGGAAUUUGUUGAAGAUGAACGAAUGGAGUUGGUGGAUGGGAGCGUUUCUUUGGGAGAUUGAAGGUGAAGAGUAAGAGUGACGCCGAUGGUUGUGAUGCUGAGAUGA